CUUUCCAACGAACAGCAUCCUGUGCAUUGUGCAAUAGAUAUCGCGAUGCCAACAGACGUCCCCCUUCCAUCGUGACGUCACGGCGCCUUUCACCGUCCGUUCGUAGUUGCAACGAACGACGAUGUGGCAACCUUGCCGACGCAUCUUCGUCCACGGCGUGUUUAAAUAAUGAAGGCCCGGUAAACAUGAACGUCCCCUGAGUGCACCGCCCACUGCGAUGUACUAUAAUAACGGAGCGGGCUACACACACUGUCGCACCGGUUCGGACAGUGUCAUACAUCGGCGUAGUUCGGCAGCGAUCGCGCUUAGUCGGGAUGUGGACCCUUUUGACAGCGGCGAGUCAACAUUGUCUGAUCUCGAUGAGUCCGAAUCUGGAUCCGGUUCAGCUUCCGCUUCCGGUGGAUCGGAAGCUUCAGGAUCGGGCUCGGCGGACUCGGAGGAACCAGGGAUCGACGUGGAUCCAAACUUGCCUUACCCUGGAAUUGCCCCCAUCGCAUUGCGUUACCUGUCCCAGACCACCAGACCGAGGAGUUGGUGCUUGGCGCUCAUUUCAAAUCCAUAUCCUUUUUCUAUACAAUAUAACAUACUAUUUUACUAA